AUGUUUCACAGGCUGCGAAGUAGAUAUUUCCUGUAGCUUCCCAAGUUUCAGAAGCUGUACUUCUUGCCUGUGUAGUGUCAACUGAGUAACUGGAUCGACUGAUAAGCAGUAAACGUGAUUACUUUAUGCUUCUGAGCAAAAUGAUACUCCAUAUACAGUAUUUUCCCAGUUUGCAACCUUCUAGAUUAUUCACUUUUGCUGCGGACACGGUUUAAAAUCAUUCCUGAAUAGUCGACCAUGGCUGGUGCGAUGAUAAGAAAAGAAAUCUCCAGAUCAUACCAAGAGCUGAAUGAUGAGACUGAAAGAGAUACUCAGAGUGGCGAGCUACAGGAGGAUUUGGAUGACCUUGAACCUCAAGAUAGUAAUGGCAGUGCUUUACCAGUAGUGGAUGAUGAGACUGGAAGCAAUAACCCCUCAAUGCGGUUCAGCAAAGCCUGCCUGAAGAACGUGUUUUCAGUGUUUCUGAUCUUCAUCUACCUGCUCUUGAUGGCAGUAGCUGUGUUUCUGGCCUAUCAGACCAUCACAGACUUCAGAGAGAAGCUAAAACACCCUGUGAUGUCUGUGAGGUACAAAAAGGUUGACAGAUUUGAGGCUCCAGGGAUUGCACUUUAUCCUGGCAAGGCUCAGCUCCUGAGUUGCAAACACCAUUACCAUGAUCACAUUCCCCCUCUGGUGAACCCAGGACAGCUGGGCGAGGUCCAGUGCCUGACUGAUCGAAUCAACUACACUGACCCGUACACCAAUCACACCAUGAAGCAGGCCCUGAUUGUGAAAGGGCCCACUGAUGUGAGGAAGAGGGAGCUGAUUUUCUUGCAGUUCCAUCAGAACGAGACCGAACAGGAUUUCAGCGCUAUCGGCUACCUGCUCUUCUUCUCUUACCAGGAGUUUUCUGACAGCCCUGAUAAAGCCCAGUUCAUGAAAGACACUGAAAGCUCUUAUUCUAUCUGGACCUUCUCUGGAGGAUUCCGCACAUGGGUAAAAAUGUCUUUAGUAAAAACAUCAGAGAAAGAUGGCGGUGAAUCUGUGGAGUUCAGACAAGAGUCCAGUGUUGUGAAAUACAGUGACCAGAGACCCGAUUCAGAAAAGGGCAACGAGUUGUUUUUCGUUGUAUUUGAGUGGCGGGACCCUUUCAUUCAGGAAGUCCGGGACAUCAUCACAGCUAACCCCUGGAACACUAUUGCAAGCCUCUGUGGUGUUUUCCUGGCUUUAUUCAAAGCGGCAGACUUCGCCAAACUAAGCGUGAAAUGGAUGAUCAAAAUUCGAAAGAGACACCUGAAACGUAAUCCUCGUGAAAUGAACCAGGUCACCUGAGAAAUCAGGUGUGCAGCUUCUGACUCAGAGGGGACCACCUCCGACACCCCCCCCACCCCCCAUGCGCACAAGACUAAAACUAAUCUCAUCUUGGAAUUCAAAACUGGAACAGGAGAAGACACUGGAAUAGUUUGUAGGUCUACAGGGGCUGUUUUUAUUAAAACAUUUGAUUCCUUUUUAUUACUCAUUUUUAUUUUUCUAAAUAUACAUCCUGAAUGUUUUCAUACUUGAAUCUUAAGUGUAAAGGAAGGAUCUUGUUUGAUCCAAUUAUUUUCUAUUCAAUUUGAUCACACAAUACCUUUGUAUAAUAGAUCACUUUGCACAAGCUAUAGUCGUUUUUUAAACAUGUAACUUAAAUCAGGAACAAAAAAAUACACAACAGACAGUUUCUGUGGAGGUGGAUUAAAGGAUAUUUGGUUUCCCCACCAGGAGCCAAAUGGGUAUUUAAAAGGCAGAAUUAAAGCAGGCAUUUGGCACAUAUUAGUUUAAGAAGCUGUAGUUGCCAUUAAAUGUACUUGUAUAGAGGCUGUCUUGAGCCCUAUGUAGUUCAUUGAGCUGCCCAAUAAGGGUCUUUUUAUAUAGAGGUGAAGGUUGGACAAGCAGUAGUUUUUUGGUAGAAGCAAAACAAAUAGUGUAAGUAUUUAAACAUGUAAUGCUUUUAAUGAGCACAAAAACAUUUAAAUCAGGGUACAGUCUGUUUAAAAGUCUUUGUUUUGUUUAACUCUCAAGGCUCUCCAAGGCUAAGGUAUGAGUUAUUAGCCAAAAACGUCGGACAGCUCUCAGACUGUUUAUUGUGGGUGGCCUCCCAGGAAUACUAAAUUAUUACGGAAUUGUGACAGACAGAGAUUUGUGUCCUGUUUCAGUACACUGACCACACUUGGUCCUGUACUGUAGUUAUGCAGUGCCACCUUUAAGAAACCUGUAAUUAAUGGGGGCAACAGUAAAACCGUAAACUUGAGAAUAAAGCUGAUUUUCUUGUCUUUCUUAAAAUUAAAAUAUGCACUCUCAGGGCCUGAACAUAAAAACAAAACCAUGAAAAAAAAUCAUAUUACUAAAAAAAAGUGUGAUGUCAUACAUAAUAAACAGAAUUUGAGCAAGUGUGCUCUAGUGGUGUUUUGAAGAAAGUGAGACAUUGCUGCAUCAGUUUUCACCAGCAGAGGGAGAAAACAGCUUUAAAAACAGUUUUUGUGUCAGCUUCUUUAAUUACUGUGUAACAGUUCUGGAAAUCUUGAAAUAAGACUGCUAAAACCAAGUUCGUGUCUGUGAAAUCUCCCACACAAGACAAGUUAUGCAUCACAGGUAGGGAGGUCAACUGAUAAAUAUGCUGAAAACUUAAGGCAAAUACAAGCUAAAUGCCAAAAUUCAAAAUACCCAACUUAAUAUCCUUAAAUGGUCUAGGUAGAUUGACAGGGAACAAGAUCAGAACAGUACUGAAUUGGCAUGUUUCCUGCACUGACAUGGACUUCCAUGACGUGUGCAACCUCUGACUCACACCUCAACUCACGUGCCAAGAUGUAGCUUAUGUUGACUCUGUGCUGACAAGACUACUUUAGGCUUUCUUUCUAGGUUUCCUUCCUGAAGGUGCAGGGGUACAUUUGCCAUACAAAGAUCAGUCUGGCAGGCUUAUCUCAGCACGCCAUUUCCACCAUUUUUUAAGUAGCAUAACAUUUACAUUUUUAAUUUACUGUUUCCUUAACUUACUACGUUGUUAGCAGUGUUGAAUUUUUUAUUUUAUUUCAAUUACUCUCAUAUUGUGUGCUUUAAUUUUUUGACAAAUCUGUGUUAAGGUUGGCCCGAGUGUCUAUAUUAAUAAAUGUCGGCACCAUCAAGACAAAAGGAAACUUUAUCAAAACGUGAUCUAGAUGAUGUUGCAUAACUCUAUGACCGGGCACUAGAACUGAAGAACAGCUCCUGAACUCAGACGACAGCCCCCUCCCUUACUUACAAAAAUAAAUCCAUAAAUAAUAAAACAAUGUUUAAAUAAUUGCAA